AUGUCUCCAGUCUCAAAUUCUGAAGAACAGGAAACUGCAGUAGACUUCUUCCUGGUUCCACCUGAGUAUCAUGACCUUGAUCUGAUUUUCAGUGAGUCUAAGGCUCUCUUUCUCCAGCCUCACCACCCAUAUAACUGUGCUAAUGAGCCACUCCCUGGAGCUUCUCUCCCCUCCACUAGGUUUUUUAACAUGUCCAAGCCUGAGAAAAAGAGUAUGGAGAAGUACUUAAAUAAGAUGCUAGAUGCUGGAGUUAUCUUCAUCUCUACUUCACCUCUUGGAGCAGAUACUUUCUAUGUAAUGAAAAUGUAUCAGGCUCAGUGCCACAGACUGCAGGGACAGAACAAAGACGUUGCUGCGAACAACAAAGUUCUGCAGGACGACAUGCCUGAUACUCUGGAGUGCCUACAGCAGCAGGAAAUAGAGAAAGACAUGAGCGAGCAGGUUGAGAAACAGCUGCAGGUGGACAGAAAGACCACAAAGAAAGACCUGGAGCUGCUGAUCAGUCAGGAUAGGAAGGAGAUGCAGGAGAUGGAGAAGCAACUGAUCUCAGUAGAGACAAUGCUGGCUUCCAGGAUAGAGGAUCAGAAGCAGCAGCUGGUCAACAUGGAGCAGCAGAUCCUGAAGAAUGAGUCACUGAAGGAGAUGUUUAUUCAGCUACAGGAUCAGGUCAAGGAGGAGAAAAGGAUCAAGGAGGAGAAGAUCAAACCGCAGUUUGAGGAGGAGAGGAAGAAGCAGAGCCAGCUCAAAGAAAUCUGCCAGCUUGAAGAGAAAACAGAGUUGGAGCUGCGCAAGGUGAAGAGUUUGAGUCAGACAGCAAUCAAGCUGAGGAUCAUCGCCUUCAAACAGAUCCGACAAAUCCACAGCCUGAAGGAGACAUCAGUGAAGCUGACAAAGCAAAAGGACCUUAUGAUGCGUCAAAUCAACAAGCUGCAGAGAUGGAAGCAGAACAACAAAGACAUAAAGGAGGCCUACAGACAGCUCCGGGCUCAGAAAGUGUCUGGUGUCGAUCAGCUGGAGGAGAAACUGGAGCAGGAAAGGAGCAGGACGAGAGAGCUGGAAAAAGACCUGAAGAGAGCUGCCUUUGUUCUCAGAGAUGUCGCUAUGGUAAUGACAUGGCCCAUCAGAUGGUUCAGAUCCCAUCAGAUCCACCAUUCCAGGUUCUAG